CAAUAAUGCGUCAGUAACAGUUAGCCAGCGAUGUUGACUCGCGAGAAAGAUCUCAGAGUUUGUGGGGGCCGCCGGUCCAGUUUCGAAUGCGUUUCGUCCUUUGCGGAUGGGCUCCAGCCAGACCCUGAGAAAGCCGCUGACGGGCCGAGCUCCAGCCUGGUUGGGCAAGUGAUACACUCUCUGUGGGCCAAUGAUGAUACGGCGGUUAUCAUGCAAGUUGUGCGCAUCAAGCAGAGGUGGCCAGGAACUCGAAGACCCUGUCGAUGAAUGCCCAGCUGAGAGAGCUGUUGGCCAUGAUUCGUCUGAUGCUUGCUUUGUCGAAUAGCAUCAAGGUUGGUACAUGAAGAUGCGUUUCAGGUCUUUGACCGUGCUGCAUUUCCCUGGCCUCUUUAAUGGUACAGACAGGGGUUCGGUUCUUCCUAUUGAUGUCUCUGAAAGGUGAUAUGCCACACCCUUAAGCGCUUCAUUCAGAGUACUGGCUCUUUGCCGUUUCUUAUAUGAAGACAUGUGUUCCUGAGACUUUGGUCUUUUCUUGUCUAUCAGUACCCCCGAAGCGCCAGCCACCCAAGAAGUCCUCUAUCCAACAUGGCCAUUCAACCUCCCAAGUCUACCGCCUUGGAACCGGUUACUGAAGACGAAGUUCAGGCCCUCAACCCAACUCGAAAAACACUUCAUCAGAACAUUAUAGGCAAACUGAGACCCUUGCCUUUUCAGUACCGAUGGGCCGUAUGGCAUGAGAAGCACUCUGAGUCUACCAACUACGGUGAUAGGUUAUACCCCUUGCACGACGAUGUCGCCGAUAUUGCGACCUUUUAUCGGAUAUACAACAAUUAUCCGUGGGGAAAGAUCAAAGUCCGCGACACUGUGCAUAUUUUUCGCCGUGAGACGAAACCCGUCUGGGAGGACCCUCAAAACUUGAAGGGAGGGUGCUGGACUUUUCGAGUUCCUAAGUCAAAGAGCCAGGCAUUCUUCCAUGAAGUAGCCAUUCUUUGUAUGGCAAAUGAGUUCCAGGCCGCAGUGCAGUCCGAGCGUGAUCAUGUUCUUGGAGUCUCGACAUCUGCUAGAUUUAACUCUAAUUUGAUAUCCAUAUGGAAUAAACAAGGAUAUAACCCAAAAGCCAUCAAGGCACUAGAGGAGGUUAUACUACAACGUCUGUCACCCGAACUUCGUCCAACCGCCGAAAAGUCUUACUUCUACAAACGCCAUGAUGAACAUGAUGGGUACCAGGCUGCAGUUGAAGCAGCACUUGGCUCUACUACUGACCGGAGUAAUACGUUGGAAUAA